AUGGCCAUCGUCGUGAUGAGUUACCACGAGGGUCACACCUUGGACGUCGCUGUGAAGAGCUCAGAGAACGGGUGCUUCGCGGAGUCCAAGAGUCAAAAACUCUUCUGGCAGCUCAUGACGGCGGUGGAAUACAUGCACUCCAAGCGGGUGCUUCACCGGGACAUCAAAGCGGAGAACCUUUUGAUCUCGCCGGACCUGGAAACGCUGCACGUGACCGACUUCAACGCGGCCAAAGCGCUGAUGGAUGGUGGAUCCUAUACGAUGACAGGGACCCUGGAAUAUGCUGCGCCCGAAGUGCUGGAUGGAGAAUCCCCCUCGGAACAGCAGGAUGUGUGGAGUUGCGGCUUGUGUCUGCACGUGAUGCUCAUGGGCUCCCUGCCCCGGCGGCUCCACGCCUAUCGCAGCGUCGAGGCCUUCCGCUGCGCGGUGGUGGGGCCCACAGGGCCUGUCGACUGGGCGCGCUGGGCGAGGCUGGAGAUCUCCGAGCCCUGCAAGGAGACCCUCCGGCGGUGUCUCACCGUUCAGAAGCUCUCACGGCCCGCGGCGCCCAGUGUGCUCCGGUGGCCGUGGCUUCUCGAGGUGUCCCCGGAGAACGGACCUCGGAGCAGGUCGGUCACCUACAGCUACGGUGGCUACGAGGCGCAACUGAAUGCGCCGAUGCCACGGCAGAUGCGCUACAGCAUGGACCAGCCAACACUCGAAGAGCUCAAGUUCCACGUGAAAGAGUGGGGCCACGACAGUGGUUGGCUCUUCAACCAAGCCGAGGCACCGAGCGGGGAGUGGGAGUGGGUGGUCGGUCCGGGCGUCUAUUUCCAUAGCGCCUCGGGGAAGCUCUUCCUGGGCGACUCCCACGGAGCUCUGCAAGCGGAUGGAGACCUCUCGCGCCUCGCGCCGCCGAAGCGCUUGACUGGGCGAAUCCGCUGGUUUUCCCCGAAGGGCUUUGGCUUCAUCGACCCCGAUGGCCAACAAGGCCUCUCUGGGGACGUCUAUGUGCAUCACAGCGCGCUUCAACAGCCUGAAGGUGCCGAGGCGAGCACGCGCGCGAGCGGGCCACUGCCCUGGUUGCCUGGGAUGCCGGUCGACUUCGAUUUGGCUGUCGAGGAGGAGCCAACGGCGGAGGAGAAGUCCCGUCACGCCGCUUCCGCGGUGCGCCACCACUUGGACCUCAACGCCUUGUGCCACCUGGGCAGUGCCCUUGGGCCCUCGGCACGUUGCGCUGAGAAGGCCGCAGUCCCUCUGAAGGCUGAUACGGGGCACCAUCUGGUGGGCUGCUUCUGUGGCCUCGUCCUUGGAGCCCACGGCAUGGGAGGCGCCGACUUGGUGGCGCAGCAUUUGGCUAAGGACUUGGCUCAGAGCUUCACCGGCCGCGAGCAGGGCGGCACACGGGGAGCGAAGGCUGCGACCAUGGCGGGCUUCCAGAGCACGCAGCAGCGGUUCAUGCAAUAUGCGCAACGCUUGAGCGCCAACUCCGCACGCCUGUGGCUGGCCUCGGAAUGCCAGGCCUACACGGCCUUGGUCUUCGGUCCGGAUGGCCCCGAGUCACAGCCUUGCCUCGUGUUGGGCGACGUGGGCUUCGAGGGCCGCAGCAUCGUCUUGCAGCAGGAUGGCAUCGUCUCUCACCGCUUCGGGCAGGGCCUCGAGGCGAAGACGGAGGCCACGCGCGAUGCGCUGAAGGCCUUCGAGCACGGCCUCAAAGGACCCUCCAUCCACUUUCCGCCGAUUCCGGGAGCUCAACUGCCUCGGGAGAAGAAAGGUUUUGGCGCACAUGCGGCCAAAGAGAAGGAGGGCCUCGCCGCCAAGCUCGCGGCGCAGCUCGAGUCGUGCCACCUGGACUGGAGCGAUGCCAUGUUGAUCAUGGCGUCCAAGAGCUCCUGGGAAUGCUUUGACGAGCACCAGGUGUCGGCGAUGGCCAGAUCUGUCUCGUCGCCGGACACGUUGGCCCAGAAGCUCCUGGAGGCGGCUCGCCGGAGCCGACGUGGUCGGAACGCAGAGGACUUGGCGAUUGCUGUGCUCCGCUUCCCUUGGGCCCGUUGGUCCGCGACCAGAGAGGCCAAGAAGGCGAAGAAGCCCAAGACUCGAAAGCGAAAGAUCGAGGAGGUGGAUGACAUCUUUGCACCCCAGGAAGCUGCCGAGCUGAGCCAGGAGGAGAGCGACGAGAUCUCCAGCGAUGAGGCGCCGGAGAACGCAGAGGAGCCCCAAGUGGAGGUCCAAGCGGAGCCCCAAGCGGAGCAAGCAGAAGAGCCAGAGGAGAUCCUUACAGGUGGCAAAGAAGCACCUGUCGAGGCGCCUUUCGAGAAGGAGGAUUGCAGUCAAGAGGGCUCGGUAAAGGCCGCCAGCCAGGGGGACAAGUUGCUGGCGGUGCUGGAAGGAUUUAGCUUGGAUGCCACGCCCAAAGAGCAGGAUCAGGCUGUCGGUGCUGGACAAAGACUUGGUAGCGACGCCAAAGCCAAGGCGAAGCCGAAAGCAAAGCCCAAAGGAAAGCCAAGGGAAGAUGUCAAGGCCAAAGCCAAGGCAAAGUCGCAGAAGCCGCAGCAAGAUGCAAAGGCCAAAGCAAAGCCUGAAAAGCUGGAGGCAAAAAGCAAGAAACCCGAGCCUGUCCAGCCGGAGGCAAAGCCGGAAGACAGGCGCGCUUCUCCAACUACUGCAGCUGUUGCCAACAGUGACGACUUGAAAGCUCAGUUUCACGCUGCUUUGGGGAAGCUGGAUGCGUUGGCCUGUGUGAAUCGAGAACGAGUCAUUCCAGAGCUCUAG